UAAUAAGAAUAAUAAUUUGGAGAGGGAAGCAUGGCCACGUUGAAGGCUAAAGCACCGCGAAUGGUAUACACCACACAACACUUCGUCAACAAUUGUGUUUUGGUUCCGAGAAAAUUUGCAAUGGCUACUCACUCUGCUGCCACGGAAAGGACUUACAAAGAAACAUUCGAUCGUUCUACAAACAAGCGCUACGCAGAUAGCCUAAUUCCUCACAUUCUGCAUCUGUAUGGAGCGUGUGCAACGUCUCGCGACUUUGAUAUCUAUGCCGCAGAUGCUACCUUUGAGGAUCCACUUAUGUGUGCACGCGGGGUGAAACAGAUCAAAUCAGCGUUCUAUUCCAUUUCCAAGGUAUUUAAGGAGUCAAAGAUUGUGGAAUACAGUAUCAAAGAACAUAUGGUUGCACCAGGAAAAGGAGAGAUAUUAAUUGACAAUAGGCAAUACUAUAAAUUCUUGGGGAAGGAUAUAGAUAUGGUAUCGCUAAUCAAGUUGUAUAUUGAGGAUGGUAAAGUUGUUCGCCAUGAGGACUGGUGGGACAAGAAACCACUUUCGAAUAGAGAAACAGCGAAGAUGCCAUUUCUUGGUCGAAUAGCAGAAAUGACUCGCAGGGGAUCAAUGAUGGCAACACAUCUGUUUAUGAGGUUUGGGAAGGACCCAAAUGUGUGAGCAACCAAAAUCCAUGCAAAAUAUUAUAAGCUUUGCUACAUGGGAUGGACCUGUAUAUGGGACUCGAUGUUAUUACCUGACGUUGUUGUCAAGCAUAUAUGUAUUAUAAUGUUUAUCCCUUCUUGUGGCUUUGAUGAAUACUAGUAUGUUGUAUGUUAUAUGGAACAUAAUUUGUCGAACUGGUGGCUCCAACCCACGAAAAAGAUCUAUUUACUUUCCUAUUUGUUUUUAUAAUUCGAAUCAUAGUAAAGUUUCUGUAAACUUUAGGUGUCCAAAAAAAAAUCGAACUCUUUCUAGGAAUACUUA